AUGAAGCAGGGUAUGACAUUAGAAAUUCAGGAUUUAGCUCAACCAAACCUCCUGUGGUUAGUUAAAAUAAUAGAGAAUGUUGGUGGAAGAUUGUAUUUAAGAUAUGUAGGUGUAGAAUCUGGUACCAUGGAUUUCUGGUUAUUUUAUUUAGAUGUUAGAUUGCAUCCUAUUGGUUGGUGCAAAGAAAGAAAUUACACUUAUAAACCUCCUAAGUUUUUAGUAAACAGUGAGUAUAGAACUGAUAAUUUAGAUAUAUCCCUCACUGAGGCUUUAGAAGAGGCUGAAAAACAAAUCCUGCCUCUUGAUAUAUUUAAGGACCAGAAAGAAAUUGUACCUCACAAAUUUCAAAAGGGAAUGAAAUUAGAAGCUUUACAUCCAGUCACAAGAAAUCAAAUCUUUCCAGCUACUGUAGUAGAAAUAUUAGAUGAAUAUUAUUUUAUUGUGGAACUUGAUGAUGUCAGUAUGGACACAGAAAAUAAAAAAAUAGUACAGUUUGCAGCAUACAGUAAUAUAUCUACCAUAUUUCCAAUGCAUUGGUGUCAAUGGAAAGGAAUCAAGAUAUCAUUUCCAAGAGGAUAUGAUAAACAAGAGUUUAAUUGGUCAGAAUAUUUGAAUGAUAAUGAGGCUGUGUCUGCCCCAGAAUUUUGUUUUACACUCAUAAAUGAACAGGAUGAAGAAGAUCAUGAAUUUGAAAAGGGGAUGAAAUUAGAAGCUGUGAGUAGAGAAAAUGCUAAUCAGAUUUGUGCUGCUACUAUUACCAAGAUUGUUGGUCACUUAAUGUGGGUUCACCUUGAUAACAGUAUGAAAAUGGUAGCCAGUCAUGUAGAAGAUGUUUAUUCUCAUAAUUUAUAUCCAGUUGGUUGGUGUGAGAGUAAUGGUUAUCAGCUUAAACCACCAAGAAAGACUGGGUUAAACAGAGCUUCAAGUAAAAGAGUUGCCAUUGUACAACCAGAACGGCCACUACAAGGUAAAGAAGAUGAUUGUGGGAUGUAUGCUAAAAUUAAGCAAGGAGAAACUGAGAAUAUACAAAAGUCAUUGGGCUCUCUUCCUGGAUUUCCAUGGGCAAAGUAUCUUGGAGAAAAACAUCUUCGGGGUCACAACUACACUGGUCCAGGUACUAGUGUAGAUCUACGAUUAGACGAAAAUGAUAAACCCAAACCAGUUGAAGAACCAGUCAACAGAGUUGAUGCUGCUACACUUAAACAUGAUAUUUUAUACAGAAAUAAAGACGCGAAGCAGACAAACAAAUGA